CUUCGGCCGGCUUGUGUCGCUAACUACUCAGCAGCGCCAUGGAGUACGCCCACUGGGUAGGUCGACUCCCGGGCAAGACUCUCAGGGCGGUCUGGAGUCCCGUCGACCACAUGAGGAACUACCUGCCCCACUGGAAGAUCCAGGAGCUAGACGGUGGGUUCUUCGAGCGGUUUGGUUCGUUGCUGAAGGAGCAGCAGACGAAUGCCGAGGCCGCAGAUGUUGCCGAGGACGACGUCGAAGAUGAAGUCGUCGAAGAGGAGAUCAAGAAGGAGACGCCCGCCAACUUACUGGCUGAGGCCGUGGGACUGAAUAUUGAGGAGCUGUACUCGGAGGUUCUGUACGAGGUUAUACACACAGUAGGCUGCAUGGCAGAGGCAGAGGAGCAUGAUGUUCUCUUCCAUUACUUGCAGAAAGCAUUUCGUCUGGACCCCGAGAAGCAUGAGCAACUACUACAGCAAGCCAAGGGUAAAGAGCCACCAAAUAUUCUGUUAAACGUUCAGAUUGUGGAGGCCAAAGAACUCAGACCGAAAGAUGCAAAUGGUCUAAGUGAUCCAUUCUGCACACUGUACCUGACAUCAGCUCCCACCCAUCGCUAUAAUACUUCUGUGAAGGAGCAGACACUCAGUCCCAUCUGGGAGGAGCACUUCUCACUGCCAGUUGACAGCCCCGGUGAAGACAUUCUCUGUCUAGAAGUUUGGGAUUUUGACCCUGCAGAGACAAUCAGAGAGAAGAUGACCAAGAUCACGGAUGUCAAGGGGGUAAAAGGCCUCCGGAAGCUAAUGAAGGAGAUUGCUGUCACAGCCUCUACAGGGAAGCAUGACAACGAACUCAUCGGCAAUGCCUUAAUUCAGCUAAAAAACAUUCCAGCCACUGGACAAAUCAUGUGGGUAAACCUGGAGAAGAAGACUAAAGUCCGUCGACAAGGGAUUGUCAAAUUAAAAAUUAGUUUUAGUUCAGAAAAGAAUUCUCAGGUAGCAACUCAAGAACAUCGACAUCUCCUGAGGAUAUUUGCGUUACACGAAAUUGAAUCAGCACAGUCAGAAGAGCCAAGUGAGUGGAAGGGAGAGUUCUCACCAGCUGCGGAGAAUGUCCUACAACAACACGUGGCACAGAGUGGGAUGACAUCUGUAGACGAGGCUCUCGCACAGUGGACGGAGUACGCAGCAGUAGGCCAGACACAUGCGGUCAGCAUGGAGACCUUCCACACCGUUUUGCAGAAAUUGACUCGACCCUUGGCCAACGGACUGUUCACUGAUGAGGAGAUCAAAUCAUUCUGGGAUGCAGCUAAGAAAAUUUUACCAUCAUGUUUCAAUGUAAUAAAAAAACUUCGAAAAUUGCCACCUGCUGAAAAGAGUACAGGAGCUUUACUAACAAAUACAUUAAGUAUACUGUCGACAUUGGUCAAACUGCAGCCUCCGGCAGGUACAGACCUUUUUCCCACUUCAGUAUAUGGCUGGCUCACACGAACACAUAACUGCAAUAUCAGCACAGCUGUAGAGGAUGCCAUCACGCAAGCUGCAAUCGACUGGUUCAUCCACAUCACUGAUCACAAUAAACCUGAAGACAAUUCAGAAAAGGCUGUUCUGAAGCAACAAAUCAAAAUCAUUCAGCUUGUCAGAACUGAUCUCCAAAAAGCCAUAGAGUUCCAUGAUAAACUAUUUAUCACACUGCUGCAGGUUCCUUAUGCAAAAACAUUGUACACAAUGUAUGAAUGCAAAGUUUGUGAGAUGACUGAACCCCUAGUCAAUGACAUAUGUGCCACUCUCAAGCCGUUACGGUAUAGUGGACGGCCAAGGCCUAAUGCUGCAAACCUAGAAGAUGAUCCCUUGGCCCUUGGUACCAGCCUUUUCGAACUCUACCUCGCCUUGCAGAGGUUUGCCAUACUAGGAACUGCUGUCUGCCCGACUGAAGCAGACAACUUCCAUAUCACCCAGUUUCACAGUUGGUUCCACCGCGGUGUGGCCCACUGGUUGGACAUUGCAGUGUACAAGGCCAUGCAUCGGAUAGAGCGUGCUGUAGAGCUGGAUGAACUCAUUCCCAUCGAUUCCACUGUCAAAUACUCCUCUUCUGCAGUGGAUACUCUACAUAUCUACUAUCAGAUCAAAACCUUUUGGCAGCAGCUAUCCUGGCCAGACGUGGAAGGAUCUUAUACGUUUGUCGCAAAAAUCAUGGAUGACAUCUGCAGGUGUUCUGUGCAUUACGCAGAUAUCAUGGCCCUCAAGGUGGACAAAAUGGGUGACACAGAGACAGUCUAUGAGAAGAAGUUUGAAGUGACCAAUGAGUGGUGCUUGGCAAUCAACAACAUAGACUAUGUGAGGCAGUCUAUACAACCUUUUGUGAAGGAGCUCGGGAUGGAAGACAUUAUCAAACGAUUGGCAGACUUCAGGAGCCCAUCUGCUGCGGAACACUGUAGGGACACUCUGCAACUGGUCAUGGACAACGCAGUCGAAACUGUCAAGAACAAGAUCCUUGAUCUCCUGGAGACUGUGGCAGAUAAGAUGAGUCCGUCUGUGAGGAGGUUCCUGAUGGAGGGGGCGGAGUUGGCGGACCAAGAGAACAACUAUGUAGACCGGUUGAUGCAGUACCUGGACGAGAACCUAACCAUCCUUAGCUCUCAGCUCAACCCCGACAACUUUGACCGUACUCUUACCAUCAUCUUUGACAAGCUCUCACGUAUCAUGUUUGAUCUUGUUGAAAAUGGACUUGAGAAAAGGAAACCUCCAAACUUCUUUGCAAACCUGCACAAAACACUGCAUGUACUGAUGGGAUUCUUUCAUCAAGGAGAGAAAGAAGGUUCCCAACACUUGCAGACUCAGGGAGAGAUGUUGCCACGGAUAGAACGAUUGUUGACUCUCCACGGGAUGGACACUACAGACUUAAUCAUGCAGGUGCACCAUGCCAGACUGCAGGAGCAGCGAGAUAUGGUGAGCGCAGCAAAUGGUCUACUGACAGUGAGGCUACAGUUUGUUCAUGAUACUUUGCGCAUUGAGGUCAUGAACGCCCGCAACCUCAAGCCCAUGGACUCAAAUGGUUCUUGUGAUCCCUAUAUAAAAAUCCACCUGUUGCCUGAGGACAUGUUUGUAGACAUUCCAAGGCCACGCACAAAAACGCAGAAGAGGAACUUGUUCCCUCUUUUUGAUGAGACAUUCUCAAUCCAAUUGUCUCGAGAGCAGCGGCAGUCAAAGGAUGCGAUGUUGCUGUUCAUGGUGAAGGAUCAAGACUACUUCGGUAUGAGCAGUCAGUUCCUGGGAGAGGCGUACUAUCCCUUCCUGGAGAUUCCAGCUACUACUAUGGAGACCAACAUACAGGAAAUGCAACAGAUUCAUUUGAAACUGAGCAAACCAACUGAUUUUGACUGUGAUGCAAUGAAAGCUUUAGAUCAUCGACAAGGCGAGAAGCUAGCUCGAGAGUUCAUCAAGAGACAGAAGUCUAAGCAUGAACACUCACAAUCGUUCACAUAAUUUGUUUUAUAAUCUUCAGAUCUGUCUGAGUGUUAUGUAUUUGUGUAUUUUGUAUAUUUGUAACGUUCCUGUUGUAAUAUAUUGGAGAACUCAUUGUAUAAUAGGUUAAGAAACCGUUAAAUAUAUUAUAAUAAUUUAUUUUCAGUA